UUCUCGAUAGUCUAAACGGUCGGUACAUAUUAGUGAAGCCCCGGCAAGUGAGCAGAAGAGACAACUUAGUAAAAGCACAGAAAAUCGCGAAAUUGAAGAUUUUACGAGCGACGGUCUCUAUCACAUGUGAUGCGAGUUGUUUAGCGCGCGCGAAUCCUAGUCCGUCCUUGGCUGAUUGUUGCUUGUCCUGGUUGGUCCUGGCUGGACUAGCACAACCUAUACUCCACCAAAAGAGGAGGCUGCGAGGAGCAUCAUCGUCAUCGUCAUUGAGAAUCACGACCCCCGUCGUCAUUGCGCUCUGUGUGCUACGAAGAUUCCUUGCGAGAAGGGUCCACGAGAAAAGCCAAGAACAGGAGAUACGUUCUGACCGUGCUAGUGGGAGGACACGUUUUUCACGCUCUCUGCUGCGGAAAAGCAGAAAAGUUGCCACUUUGCAAAAGUGCUGUUCUGAAAAGUUCCCACAGUGUGACAUGGUGUGUAUUCCGUAGGCGGAUCAGUGCUCUGCUGGAGUUUGCAUAAAUUCAAAGUGGAGAAGUGCUACACCUGGUGAAAAAUGAUGCUGAAGAAAAAUAUCCUCUGCUGGUUGCUCCUGUCAGCCAUAUUGGUUAAAACGGCAUACUGUGUGCCAACGGCAGCGGUAACCGAGGCGGACGACGACAACGAUUCCGAGUGGGACGAGGAUGACGAAUCAUCCGAGGCAGACGACGACGGGCGGAUCUACAAGAAUCCUCGGAAUUUGCCCUCGACCGAAUGUCCACGGGACGAAGAGCAAGCGACACUGCUGGGACAAAAAUGUCUGCGAAAAUGCUCCUCGGAUGAAGACUGCAAAAGCAAGAAGAAGAAAUGCCUGUGCGACGGUGCAUGUGGAAUGUCGUGCAUCAAGCCGGACCGCGAAUGCCCACCGGUAGACAAACCGUCCAUGGGCGACGUCAACGUGUCUGGCAAGCACUUCGGGUCACGUGCCGUGUAUACAUGUCCGCACGGUUACCACGUGGUUGGGCUACAGAGUCGUCUGUGCCAGGCCGAUGGAACUUGGGCCGGGAGUGAACCGAUAUGCAAGCAAAAUAUCUACUGUCUACAACCUCCUGUAAUCGAGCAUGCACGCCACUCGGCUCUUCCGGAACAGGCCACGUUCGAUCUAGAUUCGACGGUUCAGUACCACUGUCAUACAGGCUAUGCAACAGCCGGAUUCCCGAGGGCAAAGUGUUUAGCGGUCGACGGACAAGCCAGCUGGUAUGGACCGGAUAUUUCCUGCGAACCUCGUUCCUGUGGCCAACCGUCGGAUCCAAAUCACGGAUGGCACUCGGGUGAGAGUUACACCUUUGGCGGCAAGGUGACUUACCACUGCGGAGAAGGAUACGAGCUGGUCGGAAAAGCUGAGAGGUACUGCCAAGCGGACGGGUCGUGGACUCCGAAGGAACUGCCUACAUGUGUUUUGGUUACAUCGGUACAAUGUCCUUCACCGGAAAACCCUAAGAACGGUAAAGCCAUCUAUACAAGCACGUCAUACAAUUCGGUCGUAAGCUAUGAGUGUCGCUACGGGUACACGCUUGUUGGCGAGAGUUCCCGUCGUUGUGGAGCUGACAAACGAUGGACUGGAACGUUACCGGCCUGUAAAGAAAUUAAUUGCGGCCAUCCGGGAACCCUAUAUAACGGGUGGUUGGAAAACAUCGAAAGUGGAACCGGGCUUGGUGCCAGCAUAAUUUUCCGAUGUCAUCCCGAAAUGUUGCUGGUGGGAAAUACUUCAUCGGUUUGUCAGAUUGAUGGAAGAUGGCGCUAUCCGUUGCCUCAGUGCUUGGCUCCCUGCGUGGUGCCAUCUAUAUCACAGGGUCAAGUCAUACCGAUCGAGUUUGAGGUGGACGUAAACUUGACAACGAUCGUGCCAACGAGUGGAAGCAGCUCCAAGGUGAAGCAUGGCACCGUACUGGAAGUUAUUUGCGACGAGCAUUACGAAUUUCCAUUUUCAUCUCUGUCGCCACCUACGUGCAACAAUGGAACGUGGAGUGUUAUUCCACGCUGUGCACCCGCUAGAUGUAAGACAAUGCCGAAGCCUCCAAAGUUUGGAAUGGUUUUGGCACCAAAAACUGAACACGGCAUGCGUGCAAGAUUUAAGUGUAAAGACGGCUAUACGCUAGUAGCUCCAGGUGGAAAGGAGUUGUCGAAUCCGAAUGAUUACGUGUUGAUAUGUUCUUUUGGAAACUGGACUGGAGAAACCCCUCAGUGUCAGGAAGUGUACUGUGCUUUCCCUGGAUAUAUUCCAAACGGUAAAGUACUACUGGUUGGUAACAUGGGCUUGUAUGACUAUCGGCCAUAUGUGAGAAAGGUCAUCAAUAAUAAGCAGAUUAUGUACGAAUGUGAUAAAGGAUACGUUAUCGACGUCGGUCCACCAGGUGCAACUUGCAUCGGUGGUAAGUGGAGUCCUAGAGAACUGCCCACAUGCAUUCCAGGUCAGCAUCCAAGGCUACGAUGGAAUAGACGACGUCGGUCAAUCGACUUGAGGCUGAGAUUCCAUAGAUCAACCCAUCUUAAUCAGCAUUAUCGGUUUCUGAAACGAAAACUUGAAGAGCACGAUGCGUAUCACAAUUUGUACCCCAUGACAACUCAUGAAGUAGCCAAGCGUAGUAUUCUAGGAUAUCGAGGGCAGAUGCCUCAUAAAAGACAUUACAACUUUGACGAUUUCCAGCGAUUCAGAGCAAAACGGAACGUAGAAGCAAAUCGAAACGCAUUCUUGAAGAAAGCACUUCAAAGCUCGACGGUCCGAGAACGACGUCAAUUAUCGGACGUGGAACAUGCCUACAAUAAAUACUAUGAACGAAUUCGAGCAAAGUAUCGAAACUACGUGCAAAACCUACUAGGGUAUAACAAGAUGCGUCCCCUACAAGAUAUGCAAGUACAGGAUGGAAGAUGGCAGCCGACAGACUCGGAAUCAGUUUCCAGGAACAGAGUUGCACAAAAGUCAAGAAUAGGUGCAAAUGAGUUCGAUGAUGAACAUACGACGAAGCCUCCACGCGUACCGAAGCCUAAAGUAAACAAAUCACGAAUCAAAUCGAAGGUGCAACCGCCCAUCGUGAUCCCGAAUAUAAACGAAGAAUCAACAUACAAAUACGACUUCCACGAUAUUCCAGAGACCAACAUGUCCAACAAUGUGGGAGAAAAUGACAUUUACUCAAACUACUUUCCACCCCCACUGACCGGGAGAUCCCACACUAAUUGGCAAUUUGCUUCGGAGAUAACUCCAAAAGUUCAAGUACGCUCAGACCCUUACAGCCUAUAUGCUACUCUGUCUCACAACUUUACGUACACUGGCAGGAAACCGGCCACAACUCCGGUUUUGAUGCAAAAUUUGCAUUCACAAAUAAUUCGUCGUAAACGUAACACUGUCGAAGUAUCGGUCUCGUCAGCUGAAGAGACUCGAAGAGCACAGAAAAAUAAUCGCAAGAAUGCUGGAGCCACCGCAAAUCAGACUGACCCAUCCGGAAUGGAUGGAGAUCCGGCGAAGAAAAUUAAGUUCAAGGGACCAUGUGAACCUUUGGUAAGUGAAACGCAUGCCCAACUGGAAAUCGUCAGACCUGGAAAAGACCCGAACGAAGCAUUUGGUCCGGGAACAAUUGUACGGAUGACCUGCAGCAACGGUUAUGUAUCUAACAUGGCAAGCCCGAAUGCGACGUCCAAGUGCGUUAGAGGUCGCUGGAAGCCAAUCAAACCUGCCUGCAAUAUGAAGCCCUGCUUUGCACCCUCGACCGAACAUGGUAAAUACUACUCCAGUCAGCUCGAUAUGGUUACGAUGGACGCUGCCAAGCUGUCUUCAGCAGUGGCUCUAACCCCUAUGGAAACUGUCGAAAACGCGCAACAGAUAAUGUUUCAAUGCGAUCCAGGCUACAACACUCAGGGUCCGUCCACUCUACGCUGUUGGAAUGGAGAGUGGGCUGUGAGCUCCAUGCCGGAGUGUCUCCCGGCGCCCUGCGUUCUUCCACCGAUCAUGCACGCUAUGUACCAAGGAGGCUACCGAGCCGGGCUAACGAUCGCUCAUGGAAGCUCCGUCAUGAUACAGUGUGAAAGCGGAAUGGGCAACGUGGCGCCCGUUCAGAUGGACUGCGCACUUGGGUCGCUCACUCCGGAAACCAUAAACUGUGGAUACAUUGCAUCGGCUUCUGCAUCACGAAAAUCCCGGGACGACGACAGCAGUUCGAUAAUUGUACUAGACGGGAGUAACGUUACGUCAUCGGAAGAUGAAAAUGACGGCCGAGAUUGUGGACCCCCUGGCAAGAUUCACGGAUCGCUGGUGUACAAAAAUGGUGAACAAAUCGAUGACAGUGAGGAAGGCUUUCCAUCCGGUACGGAGAUAACAUUUGACUGUAUUGUUAGCAUAACGGGCGAGCAAACCACCUGGAAGAUUAUCUGCGAAGAUGGCCAAUGGAUUGGUCGGUCCAUGAAUUGCGACGACGAUGAUCCACUUUACCACCGGAUUCCGUCGGCCAAUGGUUCCUGUAUGUUCCGGAACAACGAACCGCACGUGGUGAGCUUCUACAACGAUCUCGAGAUAAGAGAAGACAUAGUCGAGUUUCCACCGGCCACUACCAUCAUAUCAAGAUGCAUCGACAUAGGAAAAUACGCGAUGAUUGGAACCAGCGUUAGGACUUGCGUCAGAUCAGAAUGGACAGGACAGAAGCCGUCGUGUUUCGGGCUGAAUCAGGAAAAUGAUUAUGCAAUGGAAAAACCUCCAACGAUUUUGAUUCGUCACCAAAACGGCCCCAUUGCACAAAGCAACGAUGGCAAGCUCAUCGUCUACCCGGGAACGACGGUUCACCUGGAGUGUCUUUGGAUGCGACGCUUCGGAAAUCCGAAAUGGAACGUCAGCCACGACUACAGGAAGUAUCCGGAGGGGUGGAGCUCGGACGAGGGACGGGAUCCCCAGCUGGAGUACCGAAUCAGCAUCAUGCAUGCGGUGAAGGAUGAUUCUGGAAUUUUCACCUGCGUUACACCGGCUCGGCACACGCAUGCAGUGGAAGUGAUUGUUAAGCCGGUGCACUGCAAUGAAAUUCAAGUUAGACGAGGCCUGUCUGCAAGCACAUCGGAGACGAUGAUGGGCAUCCGAGUGCUAUUUUCAUGUACGAACGGAAACGCACUGAUCGGUACACCGGAAAUUACUUGUCUGCCGAGUGGCAAUUGGAGUGCUCCCCUUCCUGUUUGCGAGAGUGUCGAGUGCGGCGAGGUUCCAAUCCAGGCCAACAGCAAUGGGUCGGCUCCGAGAGUUGCCAUUCUUUCACGGGAGGUUGGAGGCCGAUCGGCAUUCUCCUGCCCGCCGGGGUAUGGACUGCGAGGGCCCAGCGAGGCCAUCUGUUUGCCAUCGGGAGAGUGGGGCGGCCCGUUUCCAACGUGCGUCGAGGUUCAAUGUUUCCAUCCGGGAGCUCCACAGAACGGCUACGCACAGGGAACGCCUCCCUACAGGGCCGGAGAUGUUGUACAGUUUAAUUGCAAUCCGGAGUACAUGAUGCAAGGUCAGCCAAUAAUUGCCUGUCAGGAUAACGGGCGAUGGUCAGGGGGAUUGCCCAAGUGUGUGCAGGCGUGCUCUUACCCGGGAACGGCAAUCAGCGGCCGGAUGUCAUCAGUCAAGUUCUACUACUCAAUAGGUGAAAGCAUUACGUUCACCUGCGAUAACGGCCUGGAGCUGCGAGGCGCCAAGAUGCUCAAGUGUUUGAAAAAUGGCAAAUGGUCCAACGCCAUCCCCACCUGCGUCAAUCCCGAUGCGGUGAACGUGCGAAGCGAUGCCAAGGGUAUCUUCAAGCGGGAAAAUUAAGUUCGUUCGUGUGGUGUUGUUACAGCGCCACCAUCUGGCAAGGCUCCCAAUCUGGAGUGGUUUCUAUUUCCCCGCAAUGGUACCCCGGGGAGACAUACAUAUAUCAAUGAAACAAACCGACUACUUAGAAGAUAACUGUAGCCCGUUCACACGUAGGCUGGAUCAAUCAAAUUUUAAUGAAGACAUCAAAUAUACACGUUGACUGUUUUAAGUUUACUCUGCGGGAGGAACCGAGCAAGUUUUGCAUGAACAAGCGUUUCCCACUUGGUGCACUGUGGUUCGAAGGAAUCGGUGGAAAAUGGAAAAAUUGAAGCUCUUCUGUUCAUGAUGGAAUUAGUUAUUGCUUAUAAUUUUAAAUCCAGUUUACUUUAAAAACUCAACAUUUGAACAAGUUACGUUCUACAUGAGGCUUGUUUAAGACUUGUGUCCUAAAAAGCCAUUAUUAUUAUUCUCCCUCUUUUUAUUAUUCCUAGCUCUACGUUUCCACUGGAACUUGCCUUUAACAGUUUUAUUAUUAAUUGAGGACUUCUCUAGCCUCCCAUUUGCUUCAAUUUGUGUAUUGUAUAGCACUAUGCCUCCUAUGAAAACAAGAAAAUAUCCCCGAACGGAACGGGAAUCGAACCCGCCUUCUUCAGAAUGGUAUUUCACAAUUUUAUCCAUUAGGCUAACUGGGGUAAAAUUCCAAUUACAAAGAUGAACCAAGGGUAGAAUUGGCAAUGUCAGCAAACACUUAUUGUUUUCUGAAUUUGUUUUAUGUUUUGGAGAUAGCAAUGAAAUAAAUUUAAUCAAAUGAAAAUGCGGACGUGAUACAUUUGUUGGCGAUUUUUUUUAACCAUUUCUAGAGCCCACACUUCCUGUAGCCAACAUUUUAAAGCUUCAAACGCAAUUCCGCUGAUUCAAACAGUAGAACAUAGUGCCAGACCCAAGUGGGAAAGAACGAGGAGAACCAACAGGUAAUAAAAUUUAAUUCGCUCCAAGCACGUUACUCGUUUAUUUGCUUGUUAGCUCGUGUUCUCUCUUUGUGUGCAAAACUGAUGAUAGCCGGGCGGAGAAAUCAAUUACUGCGACGAUGUUGAACCUGUGCGGAUAAUGGCAAUCGUCCUAUUAUUGAUUGCAAACAACGAUUGAUAAGGACAACGACAACGUUGUUAAAUGUAAAUUGGUUUUGUUUGUAGGCUAUAUCUCUAUACUUAUAGGAAUAGGUCGCUCUUGGCGUUUACUGUUGGCCGCCCAUUUCCUCUCGAUGGGGGAGGAAUCCCUGUAAUACUCAUCCCACCCAACUUCCCAAAUCUAGCCGUAAAGCCAGAUCGUUUAUCGCCGCAUGCAUAUCUAUAAAGUUAUACUUUUCAUUAUUUACCGUGCAUAUAAAUUGGAUGGUACUGCAAAUUUGAACAUUAAUAUUAAUUGAAAUGGAUGGAGAGUAAAUAAAAAAAAAAGUUAGUAAUGUUUACGGGCUAGUGUUUAUUUUGGUACCAUCGUUCAGUGUAGGCUAAUUGCGAUUUCACGCUGUUGCUGUAAAUAGAGGAUUGAGUGUAAUUUAUUUAUUUAUGUAGUCAUUAAUCUACUAUUGAUGUCAGAACUGAGGCAUAUUGGAAAUCAUAAUUUCCUGGAUUAAAAGCGCACUUUGCUGUAUGGUUUUCGUGUUGUCAGCAAUGAGUGCUGUGUAACUGUUUCACUGACAAAUGCAGACAUCCAUAAACUGAAGAAUUAGAAAAUAUUUCACAAAUAAAUCAUAAUUGAUUUAAAAACA